AUGAUUGGCGGCGCCGGAGCCGGAGCCCGGCUGACUUGCCUCUGCGUCUCUUACACAGCGGAGACGCAUCUCCUCCGUUCAGGCUUACUAUCCUUCCACUUACACCGUCGUCUCCGCCGCAGUCGGCUCUUCACCACCACCACCACCACCUGCUCCGCCUCAGAUAAGAAGCAGAAAGUCAUUGUUAUCUCCGGCCCUACCGGCGCCGGCAAAAGUAAACUCGCUUUGGAGCUCGCCAAACGGCUGAACGGGGAAAUCAUUAGUGCCGACUCUGUUCAGGUGUAUCAAGGGCUUGACGUGGGAUCAGCAAAGCCUACACCAAGUGAAAGGAAGGAAGUUCGACACCAUUUGAUUGACAUAUUACAUCCUUCUGAAGAUUAUUCGGUUGGGCAAUUUUUCUUGGAUGCUAGGCAAGCAACUAAAGACGUCCUUAAUUCUGGACGUACUCCAAUAGUUGUCGGUGGUACUGGACUAUAUUUACGGUGGUUCAUAUAUGGGAAGCCAGAUGUUCCUAAAGCAUCUCUUGAGAUUGCAUCUGAAGUGUAUUCAGAGCUUGCAAGUCUUGAAACAAUUGGGGACUGGGAUGGUGCUGUCCAGUUGGUUGUAAAAGCAGGUGAUCCAAGUGCUCAGUCUCUUGCAAGAAAUGAUUGGUAUCGAUUACGACGCAGGCUUGAGAUCAUCAAGUCUAGUGGUUCACCUACAUCAGCUUUUCAAGUUCCAUAUGAUUCAUUUCGGGAGCCAUCUGAUUUUCAUGGUGAAAACUCUGUGGACAUCAGCUCCUCUAUUGAUGGAUUUCAGGAAAAUAAGUCGAAGAAUUUGGACUACGAGUUCCUUUGCUUUUUCCUUUCCACCCAACGGUUGGAUCUGUAUCGAUCAAUUGAUUUCCGCUGUGAAGACAUGCUUUCAGGGGAUGAUGGGAUUUUGUCUGAAGCAAGUUGGCUUCUUGAUUUGGGUCUUCUUCCAAACUCGAAUUCUGCUACUCGUGCCAUUGGUUAUCGACAAGCAAUGGAAUAUCUUUUGAAGUGCAGAGAACAAGGUGGUCAAAGUUCUGCUCGAGAUUUUAUCGCAUUUUUGUCUGAAUUUCAGAAAGCAUCUAGAAACUUUGCAAAAAGGCAGCUAACAUGGUUCCGAAAUGAACAAAUUUAUCACUGGAUUGAUGCUUCUAAACCAUUGGAGAAAGUACUGAAGUUCAUAGAAGAUUCAUAUCAUGAUGAAACGGGAACCAUAACGUUGCCGAAAUCACUUGAAAUGAAGAAAGACAUAUCAAACCGGAAGGAAACCUCAGAUUUAAAGGCCUACCGCCCAAGAAACAGGCUAUUUGUUGAGCGUGAAGACAUUUCUGGUGUACUGGAAUGGAUAAGGAAGAAUCAUAAGCAACCAAGUUUGUCUGUGUGCUAA